UAGAAAUGAACAAGUCUAUGGUUUAAUCUGUGUGCGAGGAAAGCCAGACUGUAAAUAGAUAGUUAAGCUGUUAUGUGAUUAACGAUAAAGCUCUCCUCAAAAAUAUUGCUUCUGACAGUUCUAGCAGAGUCUCGCUAGCUGCUAACUAACUAGUGGCUCGAGAGUUUGUGACAGAAGCAGUUAGCAGGUUGAGGGCGAACUAGUUCAGUAGCAGCGGUUACAGGCCAAGAACAACGAGCCAGCAUGGACUCCUGGGUCAGGUUUAACGCCCAGAGCCAAGCCAAGGAGAGAGUCAUCAGGGCUGCUCAGUAUGCCUGCACUCUGCUGGGCUACACUCUACAGAAGGGCGGAGCAGCGGCUGAACUUCACAAGACUGUCAGUCAGCUGGAAGCACACAUGAGCCUGACAAGAAAGUUGCUGCGUCUGGGGAACUCUGUUGAGGCGCUGGAGGCUGCCAAAAGGGCUAUACACCAUUCUGACAGCGUGCUGAGGCUCUGCCUGACCAUCAGCCACCUCAACAGAGCCAUGUAUUUCCUCUGUGACAAUGUCUUGUGGGCUGGAAAAACAGGCCUCAUCUCCAAACUGGACCAGCACAAAUGGAGUCAGAGAUCUUUCAGGUACUACCUCUUUGCUCUGAUCCUCAACCUGACUCGAGAUGUGUACGAGCUCCGCCACCUCAUUGAGUGUGAAGGGCGUUACAGAGCCUCCAAAUCCCCACACUCACCCAACCCCAGCACCACCCUGUCCGCUGACCACUUGGCCUCCCCCUCCACACCUGCCACUUCAGUGAGGGUUCGCAGACAGCUCCACCUCCUGUUGACGGUGCUGUACAGCAACCCGCCGCUGCUGUUGGACCUGGUGAAGAACAGUUGCGAUAUCUUCAUCCCACUAGACCGGCUAGGGAUUUACCCUACAGGGUCAGGCUUUGUCGGGGCCUGUGGCCUGGCCUCCUCUGUCCUCUCCAUCCUCACCAUGGUCCACCCCUGGCUCAAACUCAAGCCAUGAACCCAUAUCCAAAGUGGAGUUGGAUCCACAAGGCGGACUGAGAAUCUAACAGGGCUAGCACACCGACCAUCCUGUAAAGACAGCAGCUGUGAUUAUGAUUUUGGAAUAGUGGCAGGGCAUUGAGAUCCUCAAACAGGUUUUCCACUCUGCAUUACAUACUGCAGCUGAUUACUGACCUGCAUGUUUCAACUGAUCAAAGUUCCGGCUUCAGAUGAAACAAAAGUUGUGACCCAGCAGUGUAGCAGUGCUGCACUGAGCCCCUGCUCGCAUAAAGCUAGCCCUCAUCCAUGACAUCAUUCUACAACUCGCUCCACUCGUCCCCCACAGCAACAACUCACUCGACUGGCUUUCUGGUCCAGCUUUUUCCUCUUUCGUGUUGCCUAACUUGCACUGACUUAGGUGUUGGUUUGGUUCAUUUAGGCAUCCAAAUACACACUGACUGAAACUAAACCAUAAUACAUCAGGAAUUAAGGUUAACGUUUAUUGUCCAUCACAUCUUAACAAAAACAGUUACAGGCUAUCAGCUACUUUCUAUCCUCUUGGGUCGGCCCUCAGAAGGGGCUCAUAUCAGAUAAGAAUAGACCUGUUGAUGUUUGACUACCAAUCAAAAUAUCAACAAUGACAGUCACCUUUAAUGGAAGACGCUUUUCUCAUUCAAAAGUAGAUCAAGUUUUUCGUUAAUUUGCAUUCGUCUAACAUCGUUGUUCACACCCACUGAGUUGGGUUUUUCAACGAUCCACUGAGUGGUUGAAUUGUCCGUCCUGUAAGGCUGAGAUGCAGUACCAUGUUAAAGUCCAUACAAAAUCUUGUGAGGCGGAAAGCAUUGCUGGACUGAUCUGUAAGGGUGGGAAGGUUUUUUUUUUUUAGGGCCUCAUUCAUAAAACGUGUGUAGGCUCCAAACUAAAUGUUUGUGUACGUAGAAAAGAGGAUUAUGUACUUACACCUAAACAUAUUCUGAAUUAUAAAACCUUGUGUAUGUGUCCUUCAUGCAGCAUUACAAGUGUCUUUGCAAUAUUUAUGUUUAAUGAAAUCAUGCUGCUUCCAAAAUUAUCGAAUCAACAGCAACUGAUGAUAAUUGAAUUAGCUGUAGUGUGCUACAUAAAUCUAAAUCACCUGAGUAGAAUAAUAACUGCAAACAUAGAUAGCAGUACAAUUUACCAGAAAUACAGUCAUGUAUUUCUGGUAAAUUGUACUGCUAUUAGCCAGACUGGAUGUACUGUUUGAAGUAACAGUGAGCUGGGAGGAGGUUUAAGGAUACAACAGGAUCAGGACUUUUGACAAUACUUACAUGCAAGAGAGGGAGUGAGUGUCUGUGUGAAGAGAGGACACCUUCACAGUUUGACAUGUUUCAUCGGUUUCACACAGACUGGAAUGUCUCACUUUACUCUGAUAUUUCAGGCUCUAGGUUAGAGAUGUUUUGUGCAAUUCUUUAUGAGUUUACAUUUAUAUUUCAUCUAUCACUGCCUGUAUGAUGUUACCAUGCUGACUGGACUCAAUGAUAGUUCAUUAAAUAAAAAACUAAAUCCCUUUUCAUCAGUAUAACAUGUACGGUGUGUUGUCAUCUGGGGACCUUGACCCAAUUAUGUCAGACGGUAGCAGAUAAAAUAUACACUUAUCUACAAGUGUGUGUGCUGGAAUCCUUUCAUUUUGUUGAUUAUUGCUGCCGACAAUAAAGAGCAUUAG